AUGGAGAUCGAGAUGUCACAGUUCUCCGGAAAGGGACUCUACAGGGUAUGGGAUUUCGCCCCGCUGUUUAGAGGUAUAUGCAUAACGAUGUUCAUUUUGGGAGGAGUCAGUAUGUCCAUCUAUCCCACUAUGCGAGCCUGGACCAUCGAGUUCCUGGUCAAUUCCUUCCGGUCAACGCUACCUUGGUCAAGCUGUAAUAACACGUGGAACACUGACCGAUGUGUUGAAGUCCAAAUAGCUACAAGUGUUAUGCAUAACUUGUCUACAAUAAAUGCAUCUUCAGCAGUUUUAAGCAAUAUGACGGGAAUGUCCUUGUCUCCAUCCAUUGUUACAGAGAGUAUAUCCGCGGCGGAGGAGUUUUGGCAAUAUCACGUCCUAGACCUGUCCUCUGGUAUUGAGGAUGUGGGACCUGUCAAUUCGAGGUAUGUUCUAUACCUCAUCGUCACUCACAUACUCGUCUACCUCUCACUGGUGAAAAGUGUCAAGUCCUUUGGAAAGGUGAUGUAUGUGACUGCUUUACUUCCGAUCGUUUUGGUCUUUGUUAUCUGGAUCCGAGCCCUAUUGAUACCUGGUGCCAUGACAGGUAUGGCGUAUUUUAUCACUCCGGACUUCUCCGUGCUGUCAAACUCUAAGGUAUGGAUAGAGGCCGGAUUCAUGGCAUUUUACACACUGGGUCCAGGCUGGGGAGGACUGGCAACGUUUGGCUGUCACAACAAAUUCAACGAGAAUAUCUUGACUGACGUCACUAUUACAUCUGUAGUUGUUCUACUGUUUGGAUUGCUGAACGGUCUGGUUGUGUUUGCCGUUGUUGGCGUUAUGGCCGAAGAGUCUGGAAUCCCUGUUCAGGAAAUAAUUACUUCCGGCGGAUUUUCUCUAGGAUUUGUUGCCUAUCCCCAGGCCCUAACCUACCUACCAUUCUCUCAGGUGUGGGCUGUACUGUUCUUCCUAGCCUUGCUGAUGCCCGGAAUGGACAUGCAGACCGUUACAUUCGAGCCAAUGAUGAACAUUUUAGAGGAGGCAUUUCCGAGGCUGCGGAAGCGCCGACUAAUAGUGUUAGCAGUAAUUACAACUGUCGUGUUCCUUUUCGAGAUUCCCUUCCUCACAAGAGCCGGGGCGUACAUUUUCCAACUGAUGGACUGGUACGGAGCGGCGUUUAGUGUGGUGGCCAAUGCUCUCUUGGAAUCCUUUGUGUUCUUCUGGAUAUAUGGAGGUGACCGGGUCAGCCGAGACGCUUUCAUGAUGUUUGGACGUCCACUUCCGGCUUUCAUUCGAGUUAGUGGUGCCUACAUCACCCCCUUGGCUUUAUUGAUGUUGCUGGUGAUCAGUUUUUUCUCAUAUCGUCCUCCUACUUACGGCACCUAUAUCUAUCCAGACUACUGUAACGUGUUAGGAUGGACGCUGAUCACAGCCACCGUCCUGCCUUUCUUUGUAAUGUUUAUAGUACUGCUUCUAAAGACGUCGGGGACAUUGACUCAGCGCUUGCGCAAGACCUCAUCACCGAUGUUGACCUGGUGUCCAGUGGAACCUAAGUAUAGAGAACAGUACCGGAUGUCCGAAGAUUCACGUGACACGUCCCUAUUACAAUUAGCUUGGUUUAACCUGACAGGGAGUGGUGGUAUUCAUCUUAACAGUGAAAUCUGCGUCUAUGACGCCAACGAAUAUACAGCCAUGGAAAUGACCUGA